AUGCUUCCUUUUCACUCUGUCAAACAGCGUCUUUCACCUUGGACAAAUCAUAGCCGUCGUAGUUUUUCUCGCAUACUUUUUACACCAAUUAAUCGUUCAAUCCAUAGUACAAUUUCACCUUGGCAAGAAAAUGUACGAGACAAUUUAGAACACCAACAUGAUCCUGCUUCGAUCACAGUCAAUGCGACUGAGCUUGAAAAGUUCAAUAAUUUGUCCCAUGAAUGGUGGUCACCUAAUGGAUCACUUGGGCUUUUGCAUCGUAUGAAUGGCUUUCGUAUACCGUACAUUAAAAAACAAUUACUAAAAACACAAAAGCAAAGUCAGGAUGAGAAUGCGCAGAUUUAUCCGUUGAGAGGAUUCAAAAUUUUAGACAUUGGUUGUGGAGGUGGAAUUCUGUCAGAGCCAUUGGCUCGAUUAGGUGCCACUGUAAUAGGGGCAGAUGCGUCCAGUCAAGGCAUAGAAGUUGCAAAACUACAUGCCAAAAAAGAUCCUGCACUUUUUAUUGGACCUGGUAGUUUAGAUUAUCGCUGCACAACAAUCGAACAACUCUUAAAAGAAAAUGAACCAAAAUUCGAUUUAGUAUGUGCAAUGGAAAUUAUAGAGCACGUCGAUGACUCGACAAAAUUUAUCAAAGCAUGUUCGGGAUUAGUAAAGCCUGACGGUGGGCAGUUGAUUCUAUCCACGAUCUCGCGAACGCCAUUAUCAUAUCUACUCACGAUUUUAAUAGCGGAGAAUUUUUUGAGAAUAGUUCCGGAAAAGACUCACGAUUAUUUAAAGUAUAUAAUGCCAGAAGAAUUGAAAGAUACGAUUGAAAACGACUAUAAUAGUUUUUUGCAUGAAGAUGAUGACUUGCAAGUCACGGAGAUUUCGGUUAAAGGUAAUGAUCCUAAAAAAGAUGCCUUACGGGUUACAGAUAUUACGGGUGUUUGGUAUAACCUUGCGACAGAAGAAUGGGUAGAAUUUGAUGAAAAGAAUCACUUUAGACUUAGUGUAAACUACUUUAUGACAGCGGAAAAAUUCAAGCAUUAA